UAAAGGCAAUUAUGUAAAUAAUUAUCUCAUAAAUAUUGAAAUUUAUAAAUUAAGAUGUAUUUGUAACUCUUUGCCUUUUAUUUCAGCCCAUGUUUUUAUUAUUUGAUAUAUGAUAGAGUAUAAUGACUUCUGUUAGUCCUAAUUAUAUAUUUAAAACUUUAUGCCAUAUAACAUGUGAUGUAUAGGAAAUAUGAGGCAAAGGAAUUAGAGAAAAAGAUUAUGGAAACAAUUAAAGCAUUUCUUCUUAAUUUUAAAUAUGUUCAAUUUCACAUUCAAACAAUCCUGAAUGAAUGCAUUUUAAGAUAUAAAAGUUACUUUUAUAUAAUAUACAAAAUUAUUCAUUAAUGUAAAUUACUGGAAAAUAAUUAAGUAUUAUUAUUUUGUCAAUAAUGAACUUAUAUUGUACUUUUUUCCUAUUUGAAUAUUUUAUUUAAAAAAUUGAUUCUGUAUUUUCUGUGCUAACUUUAAUAAUUUAAAAAAAAAUUACUUUUAUAAAUUAAAAAACUGAUUUUCAAAUUGUUUUAAAAAAUUUCAGGAACUGGUAUGGCAUAUGCAUUUGUUGAUUAUGAUGAUCGCCGUGAUGCCGAGAAUGAGGAGUCCGAUCCGAACAGACCACGCUGAACCAGAGUCCUUAGUCCAGAGUGAAUGAUAGACCCUUAGCCAAUGAAAGCCAUGCCAUUGUCUACUGUUCUGAUUCUUGCCACACUCUGACUGUUGGUUCCGAACCUCCCAAUUCCCAUCUGUUCCGAAUGUUCAAUGAACUUAUACAGACACAGAAAGCUUCUGAGAUCCUAUUCUCAUGCCGGCCGAGACCGGAGAGACAUGCUCCGACCAUUCGGCCUAGCGUACGUGCUACAGUCUUGUAUGUCUGUCUGCCUCUGGAUGCAAUUAAAUAUGAAAAUGGAAGAGAUCUUAGAGGGCAAAGCAUUGUUGUAGAAUGGGCUCGAGGACCAUCGUAUCGUCCAGCUGUGAGUAGUAGGCUUCAUGCAGAAUGUUAUCGAUGUCAUCGUCAAGGACAUUGGGCAAGAGAUUGUCCUGAAUUAGAGCGCGAUCGAUAUUACGUUAGAAGAUAUCGAUCUAGAUCUCGAUCCCGAUCCAGAUCACACCGCAGGCGUAGUUACAGCCGCAGUCGCUCUAGAAGCAGAGAUCGUAGUCGCAGAAGCCGUAGUCGUGAACAUCGCAGAAGUAGCCGAGAGCGUAGACAUAGACGAAGAAGUCCGACUAAAAGUAGAUCCAGAUCCAAAUCGAUGUCUCGUUCUCGAUCUCGUUCAAUAAGCAGAGAGAAAGAAAAGAAAAAGAGCAUUAAAAAUCGUAGUAAAAGUCGUGAAAGAAGCCGAGAAGAUAGUAGAAGUAAAAGUCCCAGCAGAAGUCGUAGCCGAUCUGCUGAUCAUAAAGAUGAAUCGCCAUCUCGUCAAGAAAGUCAAAGUCCUGAAGAAAGGACUGAAACGGAUAUGCCACCUCAGAAUGCCGACAGUGACCCUGUAACUGAUCCAGUGAGAAACACGGACAAAGAGAACGGGAACGAAGAGAGAGACGAGCCGGAAGGGAGUCGCAGUAGAAGUCGGAGUAGAAGUUGCAGUCACAGCGUGUCGCCCCGUCGCAGUCGCAGCCGCAGUCGCAGUGCCAGCAAAGAGGGGGAGGACGGAGUGAGCGGCGAAGAAGACGGGAGAAGCGUGCGAGGUAAAAGCCACAGCAGAAGUAGAAGUCGUUCGCGUUAAGAGACAGACACGCUGUCGGUGCUUCGUGUUAAUGUUUAUGGAUAAAGUUUACACAUUAAACAUAUCUGUCGAGUGCACAGUGAAACUAUAUAUACAUAUAAACUUAUACACAUACAUCCUAAACUUUCUUCGGUGUGCAGGAGUAUAAACGAAACGACGUUAAAUUUCUGCAUCGGAACAAUAGCCAAACGUUACGUUGUGCUGUGCAUUAGGUGAGGUAGGAGUAAAUGUUAUUUCAGUUGGUAAAACGACCGAAGUAGAUCGGCCGUUACGUUUUUUUAUAUAAAUUAUAUAGAAAAAAACGAAAUUGGAGAAAUUAUUCAUUAUUUCAUUUGGAAAAUAUACGACGCAUUGGAACAUUAAGGAGGAAAUUUCAUUUGUCCCAUUUCGCAUUUUAAAAAUUUCCAUUAAUCAUAAUUCUUCCAUUCUCAUGAUAAACUUAAUUUUCCAUUAUCGUGCGAUUAAAAGUUUUUUAUUAAAAAUCUAAUAUUAAUUUCGUCGUGCAUGGUCGGAAAAUUUAACCAACUAGAAUAUAAAAUAAGACGUAUUUACUAUUACUUAUUCUUUCGGUAGUGAGUUUCACAGUGCACAAAUACACCAAAAUUGCCAGUGUUUUCGACUUAAUUUCCUGUUACAUAUGUGAAAUUAUCCUUGUAAUUCAUUUCAUUUAAUAAAAUCAUUCGAUAUAUUAAAA